AUGGCGAAGUCGUGCAAGGGGCUCGCAAUGGAGCUGAUCAAGUGCCUCAGCGAGACUCCUUGCGUCAAGGUAUAAUGGCUUUUCUCCGUCACCUUCGUGAGUCCCGCCGCUGGGUUUGAUUUCUGCGGGAGAACUCGCCAAUCCCUAGUGCCGACUUCUCACUGCGCUCGGACUUUCUGGUUGCCACCACUAUAAGUUUUUCGCUGCUUAUUUCCCAUUCUGCGCUGUUUUCCUGCGGCAGAUGUGAGGUUUUUUGUUUUCCCUGGGCAAAUAUAGAAGGGAGAAAGACGAUUAGAACACCAACUCCGCGAUCGCGGUGAAAGUAAGCGAGAAAAAAUAAGUAUGUUGAGGAGUCAGUUUCUUCGAUGGUGCGGGCCUGGCGUCUUCUCGAGAGUGUGGUAGGCUUCUAAAGAUGGGCCACGAAGCUAGAAGAUUCUUCUAAGAAUGCAUGAAGGAACCAACAGAGAAGUGUCUGAUCCAGUGUAAACUAGAAACAUGUCUAAGAUGCACAAUAAUCACCACAGUUGUCCAUUGCUUUAUACUUAGGUUUGAAGAUUUCGACACGCCUUUAUUGUUACUCCAUGUUGGGCCUGUUUCAUUAGUAGCCAUGCAAUUUCUCCUGUGUUUUACUGUUUUCAUUUUCUUUAGGAGCAGAAGCGAUCUUACAGAGAAUGUGCUGGAGAGAAAGUCCCACUUAUUACAAGUGAGUGUGUGGGUCUGAGGGAGACAUACUUCAAUUGCAAAAGAGGCCAGGCAAGUUAUUAUCUUUUCUAGUUCUGGAAUUUUUUAUAUUUAAGUGAACACAUAUCACUGUCCGCUGAAAGGUAACUACCUUUGAAGAUUUCCUCAGUCUUCAAAGAUUGCUGAUUACUUUGGGCUCGGAAAAGAAGAAAUUUUGCUUAAGUUGCUGAAUAUAAGCCGCCAAAAUUUGUUGAGUUAUUUGUUCUGGUGUGUCUGUGUCCAUCUAUCUCUAUUAAAUUUCUCAUUAACUAACUUAAAUUUACUAGGGUGAUCGACGAUUCCUCUCAUUGAACUCCUAUUGGGGCAAUGAGGCACCUUACAGUUUCUAAAAAGCCAUCUGUUAGUGCAACAUGAACACCAUCCUAAAACGUUGAACACAUCCUUGUUGUGUAAUAAAUAAAUCCACAGCUGUUGAAAGGCCAUGCAAACUUUCAUUGGUGUUCUUUGAUGCAUUUUAAAGGGUAGGGAAUGGUUCUAACGGUUGAUUCUUGGAUGUAUAGGCUUAGACUUCCAUGUAGAUCUAGGAUAUUCUUUAUCAAUGCUAAUUGCCACCAGUAUUGGGAUAUCUGUGAGUUCAUUCUUGAUUGUAGAUAAGAUAAUGGCCAUUCAAGAAGUGGGUUCAUCUGAUUUAAAAAAACUUUUCAUAUUCUUCGUAGAUAAUGGUCAAAUAUUUUCUUCAAUUUUAGGUUUCGAUAUUUCUUCUUUCUUAAAUAAGUUUUCGGAACUAUUUUGAUGAAUGAUAUGCUACAGGAUUUAUCUAACCAUUUCCCAUGAGAGAAAUAAAAGAGGUGGUAUUUUGUACAAAUGCUAAUAAAUCCUCAGGAACGGAUUGGUUUUCCUUAGGUUUCCAUCUGUGCUGUUGGAACAUUCUGAAACAUGAUCUUAUGGAUGAGAUAGAGGAGUUUCAGAAAAGGUCCCGUAUGCAUCAAACACUUGAAUGACCCAUUUGUUAACCUACUACCUAAAUAAGAACCGGCUGAGCAAGUGGCAGAGUUUAGAACUGUAAGUCUCUUGACUGGUUAUAAAAUUGUUAUGAAGACAUUACAAACUGCUUAAAAAGCGUGAUGUAGAGAUUAGCUGAUAGCAAUUUAUCGGCUGUAAUGUGACGAAUAUAUGUUUCAGAAAACAUUAUGGCGGCUUACAAGGUGAUCCAUCACCAUAGCCCCCAACAUUCAAAAUGUGGCACAGCAAAGCUAGAUUUUGAUGAGGCCUUUGGCAUAAGAAGUCAAAAAAUUAUCAUUGGUGGAACGCUAUUUUUGAUGUGCUUUACGGAAGAUGGAUUAAUCUUAACAGCUUUACUGCAGGUCGUCUCUUAAUGGCUUUGGUACGUGAAUAACACAAAUAGGGGGCCAAACCCAAUCGUGAAAUUCGAAUUUCUGAAACUAUGAUAAAGAAUUGGGGCGCCUAUUUCACAAUCAAUUAAUUGUUAAGUCUGAUAAGACCGAGAUAUUAAAUCACAUGAUUUAACCCGUUUCUUUUAAUAUGGUAUUAUCAGAAGACGUCCUAUCAUGUGUAGGCAAUUUUUUUAACACCCUGACAUGUGGGCCAUACUGAUCAAAUGCGCUAGUUAGGAAUGGAACCUUGAGCGCCUUGUAAAAGAAUCCAGUUAUCAAUCACAAUAUCAGUUGUUGAUGAACCAGUAUGCCCUUAAAGUUGACUAUCUUUUACAAUGUUGAUCUUUUUUAAUACAUUAUACUAGUCCAGCCAUUUGCCUGUCUUUUCUGGACGGUACUGUCUAUCCUACAUAGCCUCCAGAAAUCUCUUACGUUAAGCGGAAAUUGGAUUAACUCCUGGGAAUGCAGCGUCCUAUGUAUGCCAGUCCAAUCUUGGUCGCAUGUGUCAACAACUAGCUUCAUUCUUAUGGCUGCUAGUUAGCCAUUCAGCUAAGGACUCCGUCAUUCAACUAAGUCCAGUCAUAUCCCUCAAACCAAAUGGGAAAACUAUGUGAACUUUGGUGCGGUCUUCUCUUUCAAAGAUGUCAAAACUUCAGUUCUAAUCCCAUAAGAAACAGAUUAUUUUAAUGGUUAAUUUGUGGAAUUCCUUGAAGCAAAAUUUCGAGAGAAAAUUAUGUAUUUUGUAUCCCCUCCAAACAGAGAACCAGGCAAAGUAGCGCUCUCUUGGGUCUUUGACAAUAAUCUCUGCAAACAGAGGUUGUUCAGAGUCUACCAAAGACUGUGGACGGAAUUAAGUGCUACUCAUCAUACAUUUCGUUGCAUACAAUAUCUUUAGGCACAAUUUCACACAAUUUUAUUUAAUUCCUAUUAUUGUUCUUCAGCAUAUUCCUUAAUUUUUAUUAAUUUGUUUCAAAGUUCUUUUUCCGCUUUUUGAUAUCAGAUCCUCUGCCGUAGGGUUCAAUUCUGAUGUCUGUGGAAAAUAUCAUGAACUGAAAACAAUACAAAUUAGCAUCACCUUACCCGAAAAGAUUCCUCUACACUUUGUAAAUAGCCCUAAUAGGAUCAAUCAUCCUCUGGAACCCUUCUGUUAUGGGACCCCUCUGGUUCUUAACCCUUUUUUCUUCUAUUCUACAUAGGUCGAAGCUGUUGCUCUUAUAAGUUUGGGCACAGAUAUUCAAUAACUAGGGUCUUGCAGAGCUGCACCACCUCCUUUGUUGAAAGGGACAAUACUGUUGCAACUAACACAAUUCAAUGUGUCACAUACUUAGAUUUGUCCCUGAAAUGAUAUACAUCAUAUGGGAAAAUCAGAUCAGAUCCCCGAAUUCGCCAGCUGCAAUCUGAUCAGGAUUGGGGCCAGGCACACCUAGUGCGACCUGUUUUCAGCUGGUGGGGGGUGGGCACAGAACUAAGAGAAGAGCAUGCUCUUUUAGGUUUCUUUCUUCACUCCUGGCAGCUCCCCUGUCACUGCGAGAUUAGGCUGGACUGUAUCUAGCCAAGUACCUUUCAACGAUGGAACCAUCCCUACCUACUGUUUCUAAGCUUAUCUUCCAGUGCUUUGGUGAACUGGCCAUUGCCUGAUAGAGUUCCGAAAUUGGUUAAGUUUUGCAACAACUCUUAUCUUCAGCGGGCAUUCAUGGGUCGUUUUUUACUGUAAUACCUUGCUGAAAAUUUUAACAUCUUAAUUCGUGAGACGACCUUUUGUGAUGCAAACAGAGGUGAACCUAAUAUUUUCUGAUGCAUCUUUGUCAAGAAGCAUAAACAUGACUUCUGCACUGGUUUGAGCUCAGCUGAAUCAUGAAGCAUAAACUUGAACUGUAUUGUGUAGCCAUGAAAAUCAAGGAUGAACUAGAGAGAAAAUGAAAGGAUGGCAUUGUUGGGGGGCCCUAACCGGUUCUUUGAGAUCUGAGAAAGAUGCAUGUCAAUGGACCCUGUAAGCCAGCAAAAUUGCCUAACCACACAAGUAGGGCUGAGUCAGACCAAGUUUUCAUUUUACUGCAGCUCAGGCUGGUAGACCCUUUGAAGAUCAGAUGGAGCCCUGGACCUGGCGUAGAGAGGAGGGGGAGAGAGAGAGAGAGUAAUGGAUGUAUUGGUCUGUUUACAGAAGAAGACAUGAGCGAAUGGGGAAGAUAACAGAGAAGAACAGGGGAAAGGAUAGAUGGAGAGGACCCCAGGGGAACCUUCCAAGGGAGCCGAUUCGAAAUGGCUAAUCUCCACUUCUCGAUUUGGAGAUAUAGGACUCAAAAUAACUCACUACCAAUCCAUAGUGUCCCGGGGGUUCUUCUUAUAGCCAUCACGGUCUUCAUCCUGUGCUCCGACUGGUCAACCACCUCUGCGCUCCGUCACCUAGUUCCGGCCUAAGCGGGUUGACCUUUGCAUGGCGUAACAGCCCAUUGUCAAUUGACAGGGCCGUGAUCUCCCACCGACCAUUAGUAUCUUGUUCACAUGCUAGUUGGGAUCUUGAGAGAGGAGGCGAAUGCCUCAACAGAAGGUCCAUUGACUCCUUACAAUCUUUCUGUCUGUUUUUUCUCUUCAACAUACCAAUUAUAGCUUCAAAACCACUUAAAUAUUUAUCAUGGGUGAUUAAUUUAUAUCUCGCUUCCUUUUGGGUUUGUAUUCGCAAUGAUCUCCCACUUGAUGUUGGGCAUAUGCACUUGAUGUUAAAUACGAAGAGCCCCAUUGCUCAUAACCACUUACAUUUAAAUGGUUCAUGGCUUGAAGCUCUCCGUCUCUCAGAGAUUCUUCUCAGAGAAAAUUUCUUCUGAAUUCCUCCAUCGUACCAGGUCGACAUGAGGGCUCGGAUUCGUGGGAACAAGGGGUAUUGA